CAAGAUGCUUCUUCAGCUGAAAACCCCUUCCAUUUUACCAGCACUUGUCCUUGCACCUUGUUUUGAAAUUUAACACUCCUUCUUUCCAAAAUCUUUUCUGGUUGAGGUAAUACUUCUGCAUUUUGACCUUUAAACCAAGAUGGGAUAUGAGUAGUCAUAGGCAAUUCUCCUCGGAACUUCUUAAGUUGUGAAACAUGGAAUACAUCAUGUAUUUGUGAAUCUGCAGAUUGCUGCCUGUAUGCCUGCAACUUUAACCACACCCAUUCUCCUCUGCAUCAAUAUUGGACUCUCCUGGUAAGUAAGGCAGAUAUAAAGGAGGAGGCUGGUCGUAUAUAACCUCAUAAGGAGUCAUUCCUGCAGAUGUCUGAUAGUGAGUAUUAAACCACCACUCUGCUAAAGGACCAACUCUCGGGGAACCUGAUUGGAGCCGGUGAGCGUCGGGACGGACUCUAUUACUAUCGUAGCAUUCCACGCAUUCAGUUGAUUACUUCGUCAGAACUUGGGAAUUUUGAUUUAUGGCAUCGACGAUUAGGUCAUCCUUUUGAUCGCGUGCUCAAGUUAGUACCUGCUGUUUCUUCUGUUUCGGGAAAUAAAACUCCGAAUAAGCCGUGUGUGGCAUGCCCUAUGGCAAAGAAAAAGCGUGAUGUCUUCCCUACUAAUCAUAAUAAAGCUUCUAGAAUUUUUGAACUUUUGCAUUGUGAUUUAUGGGGACCUCAUAACACUCCGUCUUCUUGUGAUGCUGUUUAUUUUUUGACAAUUGUGGAUAAUUUUUCACGUAGUGUUUGGGUGUAUCUUUUGCGUAAUAAGAGUGAAGUGCAUAAAGUGUUUAGCACGUUUUUAGCUAUGGUGGAACGCCAAUUUGAUGUUAAAGUAAAAAUCAUUCGAAGUGAUAAUGGAACGGAAUUCACUUGUAUGAUUGAUUAUUUUGCUUCACUUGGUAUUAUGUUUCAAUCGUCUUGUGUGGGCACUCCACAGCAAAAUGGGCGAGUGGAACGUAAACACCAACAUAUACUCAACGUUGCACGUGUUCUUAUGCAUCAAGCUCAUCUCCCGGUUAGUUUUUGGGGUGAAUGUAUCUUGGCUGUCGUGUAUUUAAUUAAUCGAACCCCAUCAGGACUUUUAGCUAACAAAAGCCCGAUAGAAGUACUGUGUGGGGAACCGCCCACCUAUGAUGAACUCCGAGUUUUUGGCUGCCUUUGCUUCGUCCAUAAUCAAUGGGCAAAAGGGAAUAAAUUUGCUCCACGGGGACGCCGGUGUGUGUUUGUUGGGUAUCCCAAUGGCAAAAAGGGAUGGAAACUGUUUGACUUGGAUACUCAUGAAUUUUUUGUUUCACGUGAUGUAACCUUUCAUGAAGAUGUAUUCCCCUACGCAGCCUCUUCCGUUCCUGAAAGUAAUCCUGCUCCAUCGUUGGACGUGAUUGGUUUUGAUGAAGACACUGAAUCUUCUUUUGGGGAGGAUGAGGCAGAUUCUACUACGCAGGCUACUGAAGGAGUUGUUCCACCUAUUCUUUCCAGUAAUGAGGCAGGUUCCAGUUCGGCUAUUCCUCAGGAAAAUCCCCCUUCGGCAGCUCAACCACGCAGAAGUCAACAUGCUAGGCAGUCUUCGGUCCUAUUCCGUGAUUAUGUCUCUAAUGCUACGAGUAAUCUGAGUCCCGUUCCGACCUUAACGUCUCCACAUUCAGAAGCCAUGCAAGACGCAGGAUGGCGCGAUGCUAUGGCAAAGGAGAUCCGGGCUUUGGAGGAUAAUGGCACCUGGACCAUGACCACUUUACCUCCUAACAAGAAGGCUCUUGGUUGUAAAUGGGUCUAUAAGACCAAAUAUAAUUCUGAUGGAAGCAUUGAGCGUCUUAAGGCGCGAUUGGUCAUUUUGGGAAAUCAUCAGGUUGCUGGUUUGGAUUAUCAUGAAACUUUUGCACCAGUUGCUAAAAUGGUCACUAUUCAGGCAUUUCUUGCAGUCGCGGCAAUCAAGCAAUGGGAACUUCAUCAAAUGGACGUUCAUAAUGCUUUCCUUCAUGGGAAUCUUGAUGAGGAGGUGUACAUGAAACUUCCACCCGGAUUUUCUGGAGAUACGCCGGGACGUGUUUGUCGUCUUCACAAAUCUCUAUAUGGCUUACGUCAAGCACCCCGGUGUUGGUUUGCUAAACUUGCUUGUGGAUCGUUGCGCUUACCGCUACACUAAAAGCAAUUGCUGAUAGUGUAGCACGCCCCUCACCAUUUAUAGCACAUGCGAAGCGCCACGCGGUCCGAUUGCACCGGCAGGCUGGCUGUUGCUGGCACCGCAUACCCGCGGCCCAACAAUCUCCCCCCAGCACCUGCCAGCCUACAACUGCGCAGCAUGCUGUUGCCGGGGGUCGAACCCGUGACCUUGGCUCUGAUACCAAUUGUGGAUCGUUGCGCUUACCGUUACACUAAAAGCAAUCGCUGAUAGUGUAGCACGCCACUCACCAUUUAUAGCACAUGCGAAGCGCCACGCGGUCCGAUUGCACCGGCAGGCUGGCUGUUGCUGGCACCGCAUACCCGCGGCCCAACAUUGCUACAUCUCUGAAGUCCUAUGGAUUUCGUCAAUCCUACGCUGACUAUUCCUUGUUCAUUUUUCAUAGGAGUACCAUUCGACUUCAUGUCCUUGUUUAUGUUGAUGACUUAAUUAUCUCUGGCAAUGACUCUUAUGCUCUAACGUCCUUCAAGGAAUAUUUGAGCACCUGUUUUCAUAUGAAGGAUUUGGGUGUUCUCAAAUAUUUCUUAGGCGUAGAGGUUGCUCGUGGCGCUGAUGGCUUGUUUCUCUGUCAACGGAAAUACUGUCUAGAUAUUAUAUCUGAUGCUGGACUUCUUGGAGCCAAACCUGAUAGUGUCCCACUUCCCCAGAAUCAUUCGCUGGCUAAUGUUUCGCAAGAACCACUGGCUGAUCCGGAACCUUAUCGUCGCCUUGUUGGGCGCCUCAUUUAUCUCUCCUUUACUCGCCCUGAUUUAGCUUAUGCUGUUCAUACCCUCGCUCAGUUUAUGCAUGCACCGCAACCUGAUCAUUGGGCAGCGGCACUACGGGUAGUCCGAUACCUGAAGGGCUCUCCGGGACAGGGGAUUCUCUUGCGUUCUGAUAGUGACUUGUCUCUCUCCGCAUGGUGUGACUCCGACUGGGCCAGCUGUCCUAUAACUCGGCGUUCUCUUACUGGAUGGAUAGCGUUUCUUGGUUCCUCUCCCAUCUCUUGGAAAACCAAGAAACAACACACUGUGUCUCGCUCUUCGGCUGAGGCCGAAUAUCGGUCCAUGGCAUCGGCUACCUCUGAACUCAAAUGGCUUAAGGCACUUCUCCUUGUUCUUGGGAUUCCACAUCCUCGGCCAAUGCAGCUCUUUUGUGACAGCAAAUCCGCUCUCCAUAUUGCUCAGAACCCGGUGUUUCAUGAGCGCACCAAGCAUAUUGAGGUAGACUGUCAUUACAUUCGUGAUGCUGUUCAAGAUGGUACCAUUAGCACCUCUCAUGUUUCCACUACGGAUCAACUUGCUGACAUUUUCACCAAAGCUUUGGGCACACGCCAGUUUACUUUUCUCCUGCGCAAGUUGGGCAUUUAUGAUCCCCAUGCUCCAACUUGAGGGGGGGUGGGGUGUUAAGAUUUAUCUGUAUAAUAUGUAUUUUUAGAAUUAUUAGAGCCUGGCCGAAAUAUGUACAGGUGUAGGGCUUUAGUUUUCCUGGCCCAAAUUUGUGUAAUGCCUUGUAUUUAUACCCUUGAUUAAUUAAUGAGAACACACAUCAUUAUGCCUAAAUAAUUCGCAAAAAGUGACUUAUUAUCUUAAUUAUUCUCCCUAUUUUAAUACUACCUUCGUCCCAAAGUGAUGGUACCAAUUCUUAUUCACCUGGUCAACACAAACCACUCUUAACCUUUUACUUUAUAUAUCAAAUUUUUAUCAAAUUUGAUUCUAACUUUUGCGACUUUGAAAAAAUUUUAAUGUAAUUUUUGAAUGGUCAAACAUCUAAACCGCAAUGGUACCAUCAAAUUGGGAUGGUGAUAGUAUAACAUCUAUCAUUUUAAUAUAAAUGUUGUUAAAAAGUAUGUAAUGCCGCUUGUACCCCUCCACAUAAGCCUUCCUCGCCACCUGUCCAUCAACGUCGCCACUACUGUUGCAGACCCCAUCAGUGAUAAUGAUCACCACUUAUCGCUGCUAGUGACUUCAAUCCCUAAUAGAUAAAAUGUGAUUUACAUUUUCAGUUGUAAAAUAUCCCAUAGUUAGUCAACUAUCAUAAUCGCGUGUAAAUAUACUCACUGAGAUAUUAAAAGUGUGUGAUUGACUAGACAACUGUCACACAAUGACAUAAUCCUGAAUGUUUGUGGAAUUCAAGUGCUAAAAUGUUGAGGCCCACAAUCUUUGUACGGGUCCCAAGCUCGGUUGCGGAGGUCGGGCUUGGAUGCAGUGUUUAGCUAAGAGGUAAGCAACAUCGGCUCAUAAUGUGAAAUAGUAAUGCAUUUAAUGAUCAUUAAGCUCAUAAUGCGGUAGUUGGUCUAGAGCUCGGCCGUAGUGAUGGAAAUGCCGAUUUAUGUGUAUUUUAAUACUAUAUCCCAUUAAGUUUGUCACAUCUUUUCUUUUUGGUCUGCCCCAUUAAGAUUGUCUCAUAUCAAAUUUGGUAAAAUUCAUGUGAUUCUAAAUCAUUCUUAUUUUGUUCUUACUUUAUCAAUCCAAUAUCAAUCACAUAAACGCAUUUUAUCAAUCCUAUUUUAAGUUAUGUACCUUAUGGAUCCAAUUGGAAGUUUUGUCCAGAGUUAGCCAAACUAUAGGUUCUAUUUAAUUAGACACGGGAGAGGGGGUGCAGGUAAGGGGGGCCUAAUUAGACCCCGGCUUGCCCCAAAUUUGAAAAUGAUUGAAUAUUUUAUCUGAUUUUUUUGUACAAACAAGCCCUGUGUAACACUUAUCAAUUUAUCUAAAUUAGAUAAAUGUGCACAUUCUAACCCUGUGUACAUUUUUUCUGAAAAAUUUAUCUAAUUUUUUGUACAUUUGCUCCUGUGUAGGCGUGUGCGCAUGGAGGAUGGAUUCGAUGCCUCUACUUUGCUUUUACAAGCAUGGAGGGCGUUUGGCCAUUUUGAACCUCCGAUCAAAAUAUCAAAAGAAAAUUAGGGGGUGUUUGGAUCUGGUUCUUAAAACUGCUUCUGCUUCUUUAGGGAGCAGAAACAGAAGUUGGAGUGCUUGGGUGAAAGUGCAGAAGUGAUUGUGGUGCUCUAAUUUACUCCUAGAAUCAGUUUUUUCAGAAGCUGGGGGAGACCAGCUUCUGAAAACUGAUUCUGAUUCUGCUUUAAAAAAGAAACAGAAGCAGAAUCAGUUCCAAACCCCCUUAAGGGUUUAACUUUUUCACUUUUUCAGGUAAUGGCUGGCUUUUAUUUGAGUAUAGGACUCCGCAUUAAGAUAGAGGAUCUCAAUCCCACGAGAAUUACACAAAGAAGCGCAUGCUCGUUCUGGUGGAUGCAUGUAAAUAAUGCAUACAAGCAUUAUAUGCACAUUGGGAGGACAACCUAUUAUUCAAAUCCAUAACUAUACUCAAAUCUGUGGUUUUAUUUUCCUAUUAUUUAUCUUUUAGUUCAAUGAUGAAGUUCGUGUUUGUUUUUAUUUUAAUUCGAGGAUGUGUAGUUGGAGUAUUUUGAUUUUGGAAGAACUUUUGAUAGGUAGUGUUUCAUUUUCGAUCGUUUUAGGCUUUUUCAUUCGAAUAUGUUGUCUUGCAUGUUUCUCUAUUUUUACAAAAGCCGUUGUAUGAUAAGUAUUACUUAGAGUCAAU